AACGAAAACAAAUCACUCGAGUUUCUCUCCAAGAAGCCUUUGUAAGAUAUCAUACCUGUAACCAAGUUUGCUUUUUGUAAUCAUAUUACCACCACACUCUGUGUAAAUUAUAACAAUACCUGUAUUUUAAAACAAUCCUUAGAAAAAUGUACAAGAAUUUGAUCAAUAUUACUUCAUUUGCUAUUAGAAAGUCAUCGACAACAAGUGGUUGUCAUAAGGCUGGAAGCUUUGUCAUGCCAACAGUUCAUAGCUAUCAUCACAGUUUUAGAAAUAGAGAUUUGGAAAGAGUUGCCUCCUGUGUUGGCCAUUCUCAAGAUGUUACCGUCGAUCAAAGCAACCUUUCGUAUAGUAUUCAACAAUUAAUUGACAAGUUGGAAAAGCUUGCCAAACUGGAUCCACAAUUGAAGAAGAUUUUGCAAGAUUAUUCAUCUGAUGUUUCUAUGACAAGAACUGCUAGAAUGAACAAGUUGACUGCCCAACGUUUAUUCGAAUGCAACUUAAAGGUUCAACAUUACCUCAGUGCACACGUUGGCACUCAAGAAUUGAGAUUCUUGUCAAUGGUAAACUCUGAUCUCGCUGAUGAAUGCUCUGUUAUCAACAAGCGUUUGCAAAAACACAUCUUUUCCACAUAAUCAUUGUACUUUUACUCCAAACACCAACUUGUAAAUAAUAUUACUGAAUGUUUGAACAUCAAGAAAACAAUACAACCCUCUCUAGAGAAUUAGUAGUUCGUUAAAGAAUGGGAAAAUAGCACAAUAAAAUCGCUUAAAAUGUUUGACAGUUC